CCGAGCCGCGCCGAGCCGAGCCGCGCCGAGCCGUGCCGUGCCCAGAGCGGCGCGGCGGGGCCGAACCGAGCGGAACCGAACCGAACCGAGCCGAGCGGAGCCGAACCAAGCCGAGCGGGGCCGAGAGGAGCCGAGCGGAGCCGAACCGGCCCGGACCCGGUGCCGGUGCCGGUGCUGGUGCCGGUGCCGGGCGCUGCCCCGCGCGGGAAGCGGCGCCGCGAUGCGGCGGGGCCCGGCCCCGCUCUGCCUCCUCGUGGUGCUGCAGCUCUGCCCCGCGCAGGUGCCGGCGCGGCGCCCCGGCGAGGCGACGCUGCACCCCUGCGGUGACCGCUCCGACCCCCUCUGCGUGGACAAGCGGGGACCCGGGGAGACCGAGGCACCGGCGGCCGCCGGGCACCUGCCGGCGGCCGAGGAGCUGCCGAUCGCCGGGGGUCCCGCGGCGCCCGGCGUGGCGCCCUCCGCCGCACGCAACGCCUCCGAGUUCGCGCCGCCCGAGGACGCCGGCAGGAACAUCAUCCCCGUCUACUGCUCCAUCCUGGCCGCCGUGGUGGUGGGGCUGCUGGCCUACGUGGCCUUCAAGUGCUGGCACACCUGCAAGCAGAAGCAGCAGCUGGCCAAAGCGCGGGCCGGGGAGCUGGCGCCGGCGCCCGAGGGCGAGAAGCUGCACAGCGACAGCGGCGUCUUCCUCGACACCCACAGCCUGCAGGAGUCCCACCAGCUCAGCAAGGCGCCCCGGCCCUACAGCGCCGUGCCGCCGGCGCGGCGCGAGGAGCUCGAGCGGCUGCUGGAGAGCGGCGGCGAGUGGCGCGCGCUGGCCGCCCGCCUGGGCUACGAGGCCGAGGCCGUGGGCGCCUUCGCCCGGGGCCAGGCGCCCGCCCGCACCCUGCUCGCCGCCUGGGCCGCCGCCGACGGCGCCACCGUGGAGGCGCUGGGCCAGGCGCUGGCCGCCAUCGGCCGGCCCGACGCCGCCGAGCGCCUGGCCGCCCCCGCCGACGCCAGCUCCCUCGUCUGAGCCGCCUUCGCUCGCUGCUUUUUUUCUAAAAAAAAAAACCCCGCUGGUUUUGUACUGUUACUCUUUUUUAGGAAUUUAGGGGAGGGGUCGGGUGGAGGGGGGCGACGGGGCCGCUCGCGCCCGGGCGCGCGGCUCGGCCCAGGUGCCCGAAGCGCCUGCCGGGCCCGGUACUGUCUCGAUUUCAUUUUAUUAUUUUUUUUUUCAGUUUUUUUUUUUUUUACAUAAAAAGUUCCAGUAAAAAUUGGAUAAAGUAAAAUGAUUUAAGCAGUAAAAUCAAUCUUAUCAACAUAGCACAAGGCCUGCCGGAAAUCCAGGGGCAGCCCGUUCCUGAAUAUUUACAUGAUAACAGAUUAAACCUUG